AUGUCUUUAACCACGGACGUGUUACCAACUUUGUACGAACAUUAUACAAGUGGUGGAAUCCAUUCAGGCCUCAAUACAGAUAAGCCUUAUUUCACUCUAAACGACAAAAAUAUCACGCUUUAUAGUGGAGCUUUACAUUAUUUUAGAGUGCCCAGAGCAUAUUGGAGGAACCGGUUAAGAAAAUUGCGUGCAGCAGGUUUGAAUACAGUUGAAACCUACGUACCAUGGAAUCUCCACGAACCUCAAUCUGGAUGGUACGAUUUUGGGAAAGGUGGCUCAGACAUGGAAGACUUUCUGGACCUAACGGAAUUCUUAAAGAUUGCCCAAGAAGAGGAUCUGUUCGCUUUAGUCAGGUCAGGGCCAUAUAUCUGCGCAGAAUGGGAAUUUGGAGGAUUCCCCAGCUGGUUGUUGAGAGAAAAACACAUUAAAUUCCGUACAUCGGAUGCAACUUAUAUGAAAUAUGUCAAAAGGUACUUUAAUGUUUUGUUGCCGAUAUUGGCUUUGCUUCAAUUUACCAAAGGCGGUCCCAUAAUUGGUUUCCAAGUAGAAAAUGAGUAUGGAAGUACGGAACGUCCUGGAAAAUUCGUCCCAGACAGGGCUUAUCUGAGACAGCUACGUGAUAUUUUUCUUUCCAACAAUAUAGUUGAGUUACUAUACACGUCUGACGGGACUUCUUUGCACGAUGAUAGGGGAACUUUACCAGGCGUCCUUUUUCAAACCUCAAAUUUCGGCGGCAGCCCAGAAGUGGAAUUCGGAAGACUGCUAGAACUCCAACCCAAUCGACCAGUCAUGGCGAUGGAAUUCUGGGUGGGGUGGUUUGACCAUUGGUCGGAAAACCAUCAUGUGAGAGACGCCAACGCCUUCCAAAACACCACCCAAAGGAUCCUUCAGUAUCCUGCCUCUUUCAACAUGUAUAUGUUCCAUGGAGGAACCAGCUUCGGUUUCAUGAAUGGUGCAAAUGUAGAAAACGGUCGUGACGAUAAUUCUGGUUAUCAACCCGACACUACUAGCUACGAUUAUGAUGCUCCUUUAACAGAGAAUGGAGACUACACGAUGAAAUAUAUUUUGGUUAAGGAUUUGCUCAAAAAAUACAAUAAAAUUCUUACAAGAAUUCCACAAACACCUCACGAGACCCCAUGCAUUGCGUAUAACGCCACACCAAUCACACACCAGUUACUCUUACACGAAGUUUUAGAAAAACAAGACAUAAUUCACAGUCAAAAUGUAAUGCCAAUGGAGCUGCUGCCUAUCAACAACAACACCGGGCAAAGCUAUGGAUACAUCGUUUAUAGGAAGAAACUAUUAGAUAUUCCAGCCGAUUCUGUGCUCAGAAUUGGCGGACGAGUAUGCGAUAGCGUAGUAGUAUUAUUGAACGGCAAUCUUGUAUCUAAACCAUUGACCAGAGUCAAGGACUUGAACGGUUUUGGGUUCUGGAAAGUCCAAAACGGCAAUCUGACUUUAGGUCCGAAUAACUACACCGAAGCUGUUCUGGAUCUGGUCGUGGAAAACUGGGGUAGGGUCAAUUUUGGAAGUUUAGAGCAGUUUAAACAGUACAAAGGCUUGUGGCAGGACGGUGUGUACUUGAACGAUAAGAUGAUCCAAAAUUGGGAGAUAUUUCCUUUGGAAUUUAAAAAAUCCUGGACCGAGAAGCUUACAGGUUGGCACAAACCCACCAAAACUUGGACUGUUGGACCCGCUUUAUACAAAACGGAAUUUUUCGCAAAUGAAAGUAUGGACACUUAUGUCGAUAUGCGCAGAUGGUGCAAAGGCAUAGUCUUAAUUAAUAAUUUUGUACUUGGAAGAUAUUCGAUGAUCGGGCCUCAACAGUCGCUGUAUUUGCCGGGGCCGUUUGUAAAGCAGGGAUGGAAUAAGAUUGUGGUUUUUGAACAUUAUAAUCCUGGUGAGGAAAUAGCUUUUUCCGAUAAACCAAUUUUUAAAACUAGAAAUGGAAAUAAAUAAAAUGUAUAGAUACUAAAAACUGUAGUUUUUUGUAGUUGUAUACCUUUUGUUAAAGAAGUAUUUUGCUUGCGAUCUGUUGAUUUUUCAAGUUUUUAAGAGUUUAUAGUGUUUUUCUACACCGUGGAUAUUAGCUUAUCUGCGCACAGAUUACAAAACAAAAAGUAUGGUAUUGCGUUCAACUGAACGAAUAUAUUUCAUAUCCAUU